AUGGCCGCGCAUCUCAACACGUGGUUCUCUAGGAUUGGAAAGCUGGGCAUAAGUUUAGCUGCAGCUGGGAGCAUAUUACCGUUGGUGCUGUAUAACGGUAUCUUUAUUUUACUAUAAGUUAUGGUUUUAGUGGAUGGUGGCCAUCGUGCUGUUAUCUUCGAUCGCUUCAAAGGUGUUCGAGAAAGUGUUAUUGGCGAGGGCACUCAUUUCAUCAUACCAUGGGUGCAGAAGCCGAUUAUAUAUGACAUCCGAUCGAAGCCCCGUAACAUUCCAGUAAUGACAGGUUCAAAGGGUAUGUCAUGACCUGCGUGAACUUAUGUUUUAUCAUGCGGUUUCAGCACGAUAUUCCUGUCUGGAGUAGUUUUUCUACUCUCUCCUGUAUCUUUAGUUAUACCCAGCUGAUUGCUUAUUCAUAAACUGGUAAAACAGUAUAGGCGUUGCCCCCUUCCCCUCAUUUAAGUUCUGGGUGAAUAACGCUGCACCUAGCGGGUUUGUGUGUUGCGUUUGCGCGUUCAUUCGCCUCGUCGCUGCGCCGGGUGGCUCAUUUUGUAAUUACAUUGCAUGGGGUGAAUGAGUUGUCGAAACACGAGUUCGACCAUAGAUGAGGUGUAGGUGAAGGUGCUCGUGCCACUGACACCGUUGGGACUGCUGUUUCUAACAAGCUUACUACUUAGAAGUAACUGCAUGAAAUUCGUUGUUUGACACGUUAGCGUGUUCAUAUUCCCUUGAGGGCAUCCCGCCUUUCUAAGACUCAAUGCUUUGAUUGGCACUGAGUGUGCUUGUACGCGAGGAGCCAGAGGCCAAAAAUACAGUGGACGCGUUUCAGUGCAUUUUAUUCUCGAUGAUUGUCUUAGUACAAUUUUGCCUCUACCUUUGAACCGUAAAAUUUGCCUAAUUGUGCUGAUCUGUCGUCUAACUAGCUUCGAUUUUCCCGUUGGUUACUGCUGCAAGACAAUGGAGCGCCCCAGUGUACUUGUUAUCUUGACAAAUUCACCUUUGAAGCCUCAGCUUUACAACACAAGUUCAGCCAUCGGAACUGUCGUUUUUCAAACCUCGACUUCUCACCAUAUCAUGGGCCCAGGCGUCUGUAACCAGUCAUCCGUCAAUAAAGGCACCACGUAUAUCAUAACCCUUCCUGACAAACUGGUGCACUGUAGCAGGUCGUCUGACCUACCUUCCGCGCCCCUGGUGAAGAGCCUUGCGGUUUUAGUGCUAAUAGUCACCUUCCCAUAUAAGAACUCUACCAAUCCAAGUUUUCUCAUGUUUGAUAAGCGACUGGUAUGUUUUCGCGCUUUCGUACUCUGGUCGUUUUUUUCUCGUUGCCUUUGCCUUAUGGCCGUCAACAUACUUUACAUGUCGAGCCUGCAUUUCCUGAAUCGUGCCUCCACCCAUGGUGAUCAGCAGUAGCGGAUAUAGAGAGCCCGACUGCACUAACGACAAAUAAUGAAUAUCGGAGGCCUGUCAGCUACCUCAAUGUGCCGAUUGAAUGUGUCGGCUUUUGGCUGACCUCUUCGCUUCCUUAGGUUGAGCAACGGUAUCAGAUGAGGAGCAAAAUCCCCGAAUUCAUGGGACGAACGACUUAGAAGUUGCCCCGGUAGUAUCGGUCGUCAUUCUGAGAUUGCCUGAGGUGUCCGUGCAAUUAUUGCGGCAAGUGCGGACCGUCUCAUUCGAGAUAAAACUGGUGCAUCUCACUCGUUUCGGCACUCAUAGCCUCUCAUUUACAAGACCACAGGGCUAUCUGGGCAGAUGCUGGGCGUACGCUGAUUUUUUGCCGUGUGCAAAUUAAGCCACCAAGACGGCGUUGAGCCAUUCAAAAAAUUCAUUGGACGGCGUAGUCGGGGAGGAUGGCGAUAGAAUGCAACCUACUUACUUGUACUUGAUACGGCUGCGAUCAUGCCUGAUCUAGCCGGCCUCGAUGAUGUCCCGAACUGUACCUCCACGCGUGACGAUCCGCGGCAGCAGAUCUGGACAGCUCAAUCCAUUCCCUUCGCCAACGGCGGAGACCGAAUACCGAAGGUCCAAGAGCCACCUCCAUGUCUUGACGAACUGUGUCGAGCCAGGUUUUGAACUGACCCCCUCAUCGACGCCUCCAUUGGGGCAACGGUGCCGGAUCGAGGGCAGUAACACUGAGCUCCUGAGGUGGUCGACGAAGAACAUGCCCGAACCACCUCAGUCGUCUUUCUUGGAUGGCCUGAGUUAUCCUUGAGAUGUUGUCGCAGCGAGCGCGGACUGUCUCAUUUGAGACGAAGUCGGUGAACUUCACUCGAAGGAUGGUCCUCAAGCAGUGGUGGUCAAAUACCUCUUGUUUUCACUCGUCCUCCACACGCAAAGCCCAGCAUUCACAACCGUAGAGAAGGACAGACCGGACAAAUGUACGGUACACGCGAAUCUUUGUGGCGAUGGAGAGGUCACGUUGGUUCCACAGGCAUUUCCGAAGGCUUUAAAAAACCCAGCGGGCAGCAUCGAUUCGGGAGACAAUUUCAUCCUUACUCUGCCCAUUAGGCAGCAGCCUCGCCCCAAGGCAUUUAAAACUGUCUACUUCUUCAAGUUGACAGCCAUAAAUCCCGAGGGGUGCCUUCUCCUGGUCAGGGAUGCAGCUUGCGAACACUUUGGUCUUCCCAGCGUUUAUGGAUAAACCGACCGAUUUAGCGACCUCGUUCACCCGUGACACCAUAGAGUGCAGAUCACCAAAACUUGAAGCAAGUAAGGCGAUAUCAUCGGCAUAGUCGAGAUCAGUCAGUCGAUGUCCGGGUGCAAAUUCAACACCGUCACUCUCACGUAGGGCACUCCCGAGGAUCCAGUCAAUAGCGUAGUUGAACAGUAUUGGUGGCAGGAUACAACCCUGUCGGACGCCAGACCGAAUACCGAACGGUUGGGAAAGAUUGUUGCGGACCAGGACUCUGGCAGUAGUGGAGCGAUAGUUGGCCUUGAUCAUGGCGAUGAUUUUUGCCGGUACACCAUCUAGCGCCAUUAUCCGCCACAGGGACUCACGGUGAACGAAAUCGAACGCGGCGGCAAAGUCAAUGAAGCAGACGGCCGUCGGUUGUUGGUAGCUAUGGCGAAAUUCGAGAAUGCGCCUCAGUGUGAAUAUCUGGUCUGCGCAUCCGCGUCCAACACGAAAUCCGGCUUGGUUGGGCCUCGUACUUGAGUCACGCACAGCCUGGAAUCGCCUGAGUAGGACAAUAGCAAAGAUCUUCGCAGCAACGUCGAUGAGACUUAUGCCGCGGUAGUUCUCGCAUCACGUCUUAUCUCCCUUCUUGAGGAUAGGUACAAGGAUGCCUAAGCCCCAGUCAUCAGGAACAACCUCGUCGUCCACGCUCGUUCAAUCACCUCAUGGAGCCAGGGCGCCGUAGUGUCGACACAAGACUUGAAGACUUCAGCGGGUAUACCGUCCUCUUGGGGUGCCUUGUUGUUGCGCAACUUUUGUAUGGCAUCGGCGACUUCUCCCUCGGAGGGGGGAUCGUAUGGCACUGCAUAGGUAGGAGAGGGAAGAAACUCCGCUGAGGAGGAGAGCAAUGGCGAGGUAGGUUGGGCAUCGAAGUUCAGAUGGUGCUCAAUGUGCUCACGCCAGCGCUCGACUUUGGCCGAGUUGUCAGCAAUAAAGCCGCCGUUCACAUCGCGAACAGAGUCACUCAGUGUAGAGGGCUUACCGAUAACUUGGCGGAUCAGACGGUAGAGCUUUCGAAUGUCACCAACGCUCGAGGCCUGUUCCAUGGAGGUCGCUAUUUCAGCCCAAUAUUGCUUCCGGUCAUCCCUGGCCGAUUUUGCCGUCAUCUUCCGAAGUUGGCGGAAGUAGUCAUCGUUGCGGGACCUAGCUCUAGCCGUCUGAGCAGACAACUGCAGGGUUCUUCCGCUGCGACGAUGAAGAUGUUCGUGAGGUGACCCUUCAGUCGCAACGUAGUCAAAAACAAAACCUAAUAUUGGACAGCUGAGAGGGGAUUGCUGUGAAUCUAGGUCCACGCAAUGAAGUGGUGGUAGGCCUUGCACAUAGCCAUAUUUGCCGGCACAGCGUCCGACUACAUCACCUGUGACGGGAGCGCGCGAUGAAUUUGAAAAAAACUGCAGCUAAUUGGGUAAAGUAUGCGGUUGACAACUGCCGGUAGCGAUUAAUGCUCCGCAUUAUUCGAUCGAUACGUUCAAGAACCAGGCGCUCUGCCCACACGGCAUAAACCUUAACAACGCCGCCCCCUGGACGUCAUGUUGCAUAGACUCGGUACUACAGUGAUAAUUUUCCUAAGCGGAGGUCACGGGACAGUGCGUGGGCUGAAGGAUGAAAAAUUUCCUCUGGGAGAAGUUGGUUGUCAAAACUGAGAAGGCAUACGAGGUGCUCACGCACGCCCCACCAUGACCCAUUAAUCGAACAUAGGUUUUCUGUUUGCAUCACCAACAGAAACUCAGCGCAGGAAGACCUACAACCAGCUUAUCGAAUAAGUUGCUGGCCUGAUUACCGCCGACUUUUGUGGUCGGGUUCGUGAAAGUCGCCAAUUCGGUCCAGUAGUUUUGCGCUCACCUCUGCCGUCAUUUUCUGGCUGGUAGAAGGAAUCCUUGCGGGACCUGGCUUUGGCUGUCUGGGCAGACUAUGAAUUCUUCGAACUAUUCCAGUCAAUCCGAGACUCCCCUUAACUGCCGUGCGGACUAAGGACUUCGAUAAUGACUAUUUGCUGCUACCUUCUCAUUCGACUCGGGCUCCACGACAAGACCAAACUUGUGUCCAGAGCCUCGACUGUGUUGGACUGUUGUGAUUUGACGUCACCAAAGCGCAUUGCAAGAGACACUGUGGGAAGAUGAGGAGAAAACUUGCCUGUGUGUAUGAACGAUGUAGAUGUUACUGAAUUUGACAUCACGCCUCGAUCCCCUAUCAUGCACCCAAUUACGAAGUCUCAAACUAGCUAAAGUGCAGUCUGGCGAGCGGCGCGACUGUCGCUUGGAUACCAGUUAGCGGGUGUUUGCUGUAAUAUCAGAAACGUGUUUUGGCGACAACCAACUGAUUCUGGUCAACAAAACCCGACACUCCUUCAAUACUUGAGCGUCAAGUACCUCGCCCAAAGCUACCAAUAAUGUGGUCUUCUAGGAGUUGCCUGUGCAUCCUCCACCGUCCUAAUCACCAACAACAAUCCGCAUCUCGUGGCGGGGUUCUUCUAACUCGUUAUCGCAGCUGCAUCAGUAUGUUUCAGUAUGUUCAGAAGUUGAUGCUGGCGCGUAGACAGAAACAGCAGAGAUGUUAUUAAAGUGCCAUUCUGGCUAUACGUGUACUUUUUGGUUAUUUCUCAGUCCCUACUAGGAACGCAUGGUUCGACUAUUCCAAGGUGGUCGUCACGUCUUGUCGCAUGGACUGCUAUGGUAUGUCCGGGAUCGUGACUUUCCAAAGGCCCGAGUUCUCGAUUCGAACAAGCAGUAAACACCCACCUCGUGUUGAUAUUGACUGGACGUUUUCGGACCUUUGGGUACUGUCGCCAGACUUUCGCGCAUUCCAUCGUCUAGCGUCAAAGAUCCACUCCCGAUUUAGUAGUAAAGUUUGCGUACUGUCCGUUGUCUUGAUUGAAUCCGUAUGUUGAACGUCGUAUCAUAAAUUGUAUUCAUAUAAAUAUUCAUAUCCAUAUUCAUAUUGGCCCAAAUGUGAUUAAACUCGCGUCGUCCGGCAGGGCGUCGUAGCUCAAGCAGUUAGAGCGUUGACCUUCCUCUUACUGCGUGGGUUCGAAUCCCACCGAGGCGCCGAGCUUUUCACAGUUGGGCCAAUAUGAAUAAACCAUAUUGGGAUUCGGACUGACUAUACGAGACUCUUGUAAUUUAUGAAUACAGGUGAGUCCCCAACGACUGCCAGAAUUGUCCGAGGUUGGUCUCUAGCGCUUUGGCACAAGAACGUAGCUUAAGGGCGUCAGCGAAAGGCAGGCGUAUUUUGGCAGUUCGCGGUCGCGUCAUCGUGCUUUGCGGUAUUUUAUAGGAUGGCCGGUGUGUCAGAUCAAAAUUCUCAGCGCUCUGGUGGCCCCGUCACUGCCAGUCUGCAAAUGCCUAUUUGGCAGGUUCAAGAGCCUACUCUCCCAACUAACCUCUAACUAACUAUCGUUCCGCUACCCGCGGAUGCGCCAGGUAACCAUCAAAUAGCAGAGGUUUCACGGUCUACAUUUUUAAGACGCCCAUCCCGGCUUACCAUUGACAACUCAGAAAUUUGGAUGACCUCUGGGGGCGCAUAACAUGAUUCAGUAAAGUCCUUUCCAAGCUCAUUUUCCCCCUCCGGACUUUUUAAAUUGUUGUUUUUACGAAUAACUGGAUCUCCUUUAAAUCUCCGAGUUCAGAAUUCUGGCCCGAUCGGUGUCAUCAUAAUGUUCUCCCUUAGUGACAAGACUGUUGUUUUACUUUAGAUCUUCAAAAUGUCAACAUUACUCUGCGCAUCCUGUACCGGCCAAAAGCCGAACUCCUUCCAAAGAUUUACUCGAACCUCGGCUUCGAUUACGAGGAACGUGUCCUGCCCUCUAUCACAACUGAAGUUCUAAAGGCUGUCGUUGCCCAGUUUGAUGCUAGUGAACUUAUAACUCAGCGUGAGGUUGUCAGUCAGCGAGUCAGCGACUCCCUCACAGAGCGUGCGUCGUCCUUCGGCAUCCUGCUCGACGACAUUGCAUUGGUAACGUCGCAGUUACAGCGUUUAUAUUUUUACCGAUUUACUUCCUUAGUUGUAGGGACCCUUGUAUCUUUAUCCACCAUAGUUUAG